AUGGUAGAGAAAAGGAUAAUGCAUUAUCGUAGCUCUCAUAAAAUAUUGCUCGUUGGAGAGGGGGAUUUCUCCUUCUCACUUUGCUUGGCAAGGACAUUUGGUUCUGCAGUGAAUAUGACUGCUACCUCUUUGGAUAGUAGAGGCUUUCUAGCGAUGCAAUAUGGAUAUGCAUCAAUUAACUUGACUGAACUCAAGGAUCUUGGCUGGACCAUCUUGCACAAUGUGGAUGUUCACAACAUGGCUCAAGACCAGCGUCUCAAGAAUAAUAAAUUUGAUCGAAUAAUCUUUAAUUUUCCACAUGCCGGUUUCUACUUUCAUGAAUUUCAUAAAUCCCAGAUUCGGCUUCAUAGAAGAUUAGUGAGGGGAUUUCUACAAAACGCUAGGUACAUGCUUAGUGUUGGUGGUGAAAUUCAUAUUUCUCACAAGACAUCUCAACCAUAUAGUGAGUGGCGCAUCAAGGAUCUCGCAGAAAAUGUGGGAUUGAAGUUAAUUGAAGAAGUGGAUUUUCAAAGAUCAUUUUAUCCAGGUUAUUAUAACAAGAGAGGAUCAGGCUCGAAAUGUAACCAGAGUUUCCAUAUUGGAAGGAGUAGUACCUACAAAUUUUGUAGGGUUUUUUAUUUUGAAGAGGAAAUUUUUCCUUUGUAUUGA